CAUGAUGGCCACCUUUUUCUCUUUUUUUUCUUCAAAUCUUUAUCAAUAAUAGCCGCUGUACAUUCAAGAGUGUGGCAAGUGAAAUAUAAUGAAAAAGAAAACUAGUUACAACAAUACAUUAAAAAACAAAAGAGGGUUAUAAACAAAAAGAUAUUAAAAUAAGUCUUUGCAGCUUUUUUGUUUAUUAAAAGUUUCAAAAAUGUCUGUUAUCACCUCAUACUUUGAGGUGAGGUAUAUUAUGGGUUUUAUUAGUCCGCUUUAUGAGUAGAAUUAAAUAUAUAAAAAUAAGAGUGAGUUUUGAUCAAAACUUUUUCAUUAUUAAAAAAAGUUCUUAUAUUGUAGUUUAAUUGUAAUGUCACAACACAGUUAAAUGUUAAAUUUCAGUCCAGGAAUAUUUAACAUAAAUGCAAUAGAAAAUAUGUGAAAUUGUUUCAAAAGGAUAAGAUUCAUCCUUGUCCUUUUUAUGAUUUUUAAAAAAAUAAAUUAUUUUAUUGGAUAUGUUUUAAUAAUUUUGAAGUGAAGUUCCUUUACCUUGUUAGUAACCAAGCACUUGCUGUAAGUUCAGAUAAAUUACAAAUAUUUGUAAAAUUAUUCCAAUAGACAACGAAUCCCAUAAAAAAAUUGUUACUUUUUUUAAUCCAAAGUAUUAAAGCCAUUAAUAAAAAUAUCUUCUUUUUUUUAACAGUGCGUGUAAAUUUGGUCCACUUUUAUUUUGUAGCAACCUAAUAAAACCAGUCUUGCUCAGAUAUUGGAACAUUAAUGCCGUUAUCUGGUCAUCUAAUGUCUUCUUUUUGAUUCUGUUUAUGUAUAAAUGUUGGUAAACAACUUUGCUGUGAUGCAGGACAAACUUGAGACUUGUUCUGAGAAUAAAAAGACGAUAUUGUAUAAUGAGCACCCAAGAGAUCAAACUAAAACCAAGAUGAUGAACAACAAUUGAGGAUGAACUGAUGAAACCCAAUAAAUGUAGAGAUCAACAUACCUUAUGUAACCUUGAUAAUCAUGAUUCUAUACAACAUUAACUAUCUUACACUUAGACAUAGUUAAAGUCUUCUUGUCUAUGCUAUUUACUGACAUAAUAAAGAUGUUGCAUUAAUUUGCAUGAAUUAGAACUAGCAAGACUGUAAAGAUAUGGAUAUAAGCUUUUCCUGUGUUAAAUAUACAGUUAAAUUAUUUAUGUCCCUGGCAUUUGGGUUUAAAGAAAUCCUUUUAAUUUUUCCCACAUGUUUUUUCUGACUGAAUGUGAUAUUGACUUUUGGAGUCUUGAAUCAGAAGUGAAUCUGUGUAAAGAUUAAGGUGAUUUUGAAUGAUCAAAAUAUCAGUGAUAUCUAAAAAGCUGGUUAGCACUUAUACGAAUGGUUUGUUUGACAAUAAAUCUUUCUCCUUUGGUUAUUGAGAAAGAUAUAAAUGAUUUCUGUCUUGCCAUUUAGUCUUAAAAUCUUAAUAAAGGGAUUUACAUUUAUUGGUACUCUGUUUACAUUGUCUUCAGAGAUGCCUGUCAGGUUUCCUAUCAGAAACAAAUUUGUUGGUUUGAUGAAAAUAACGUGAAAUUUAAAUACUCAAGGGGUGUGAAUAGUUUUUGUUGUAACUGUAAUAGAGGAAAUUAGGGGGCUACUGUUGAAUAAAAGCCACUAGAGCCAUAAAAAACCUUGAAAAAAGUACAAAUUAAACAGAAACCCAUGGGUUGAGUUAAAUUAGGGCUUCUUAUUAACUGCUGCAAAUCCAACCAAUACAUUCGUUCUUUUUUUCUUGUGACCCACAUUUUAUAUUCACACCCCAUGACUCAUGUCCGUUGAUAAAAAUGCAGUUUAGCAGAGAGCUGUUUUUUAGCGGGGGCAGAGCUACGUACAGAUGUAAGCGUGUGUCUGAAAGAUAAAGACCCUCAGAAAAACGCUGGCUGGAUUAGGCUUCAAUUGCGAAACGGGGGUUGGGAGGGAGGACGAGAAGCGCUGGAGAGCGUUUUGUCGUUGGAAAGCGAGAGACGAAAGGUUUGCAGGAGAGAUGCAGGUUUAUUUGGUGUUACCCCAUUUAUAGCCGGGAGAUGAGAGGGAGGUGAAAGAGGGCAAAAUGCAGGAAAAGCAGGAUUCUCAGAACCGAACCCCAGGCGUUCUGGGGAAGGCUCACCCCGCUCUGAAAGCCUUCAUGUGCGGCUCCCUCAGCGGCACCUGCUCCACGCUGCUCUUCCAGCCCCUGGAUCUGGUCAAAACACGGCUGCAGACGCUGCAGAACAACGCCAAGCCAGGGACGCCAAAGGUGGGAAUGUUCCGGGUUUUCAUUCAGGUCAUCAGGACAGAGAAUUUCUUCAGUCUGUGGAAAGGAGUUUCACCGUCAUUUGUUCGCUGCAUUCCCGGAGUGGGGAUCUACUUCAGCACUUUCUACUCCCUGAAGCAGCACUUCUUUCAGGACCGGGCGCCGAACGCUGGCGAGGCCGUUCUGCUCGGAGCCGGUGCCAGAACCGUGGCAGGGAUCUGCAUGCUGCCGUUCACUGUCAUCAAGACGCGCUUUGAGAGCGGAUAUUACAACUAUGCGAGCGUGCCGGGAGCUCUGAGGAGCAUGUAUGAGACGGAGGGAGUCAGAGCUCUGUUCUCGGGGCUGACCGCCACGCUGCUGCGAGACGCUCCUUUCUCCGGCAUCUACGUCAUGUUUUACAGCCAGGCCAAGCGAGCGCUGCCUCAAGAAGUGACAUCAGCGCCGUACGCGCCGCUGGUGAACUUCAGCUGUGGAGUGGUAGCAGGCGUCAUGGCUUCUGUGGUCACGCAGCCUGCGGAUGUGGUGAAGACUCACAUCCAAGUCAGCCCAUCCCACUGGAGGACAGCAGACGCUGUCCGCUACAUCUACACGGAGAAGGGCAUGUCGGGUUUUUUCCGCGGCGCAGUGCCAAGAUCUCUCCGGCGCACUCUGAUGGCCGCCAUGGCUUGGACUGUCUACGAGCAGCUCAUGGCUCGCAUGGGCCUGAAGUCCUGAAGGGCGGUUGAGCAAACGCACAAUAACACGCGAGAGAUGAAACUUGAAGGGUUAAUAACAUUUUAACGGAAAGGAUGAAGAGAAGGGAGACAGCAGGAACCAGCCAGCAGUGCCAGGAACAGAGCAACCAGGUGGAUAAAUGUUGAGAGAGAGAGAGUCGUGUUAAAAUGUUUAAAUGUUAACGAUGUCUGUUUUUGACGAUGCACCUGACCGACUCUCCCUCUGCUGUGAAGUGAAUUUAUCCCUCUUAAUGUUUCUGCUCAGAUGUAGCAGUGGAUAAAUACCACUAAAAAAAAGAGAAUAAAUAAACUGGUUCGCUUGGUGCUUAGCGAGCUGAUAUGUGCGUUUACUACUACAGAGAGCUGCACUCUGGUUGAUGAAAUAUUUAUUAAACCUGCAUAUGACUGAGCAAUGUUUCUUACUUUGUUAAAUACUGUGGUUAUUUUACUUGUUUUAGACAAUCACAAGCACUCCUACAGAUGCAUUAAUCUAUGGAAAUUUAAGCCAACUCAAUAAUCACAUCAAAGCCUUUGUCUUCAUAUGGUUGAAACAGAAAUUACAGCCCAUUUUUGACACAAAAAAAAAAUCAAAUUUAUAUCUAAAGUAUUUCAAGGUGGCUUAUUUUGUUGUAGCAAAGCAGGAUUUUGCAGUAUUAUGUGAGUUGUCGUUCGUUUCCGUAGUAACGUCCUUGAUGGCGGGUCUGGUUUAUGGCUAAACACAUCCCAGUCACAUCCAUCUAUGAAAUUAUGAAUUAUGUUUGAGCUGAUUGUCAUACAAACGAUCCAGAUUAAAUUGUGUGCACAAUAUAAGUUCCUUAAUUUAACUGUUGUCUUUGUGAACUUUGUAAGGUGUUAAAAAGAACAUUGUUAAAAAAUAUAUUUUUGAAACAAAAAUGUAAGCAUUUAGAAAAUAAAAAAAUCAGGCCUUUAAUUUUGAUUAAUUUCAAAAUUACUAUUGAUUUGCAGAUAUAAUGAUCUGUAUAAAAAAAAUCUCCCGUUUUCUUUUACUUUCAAGGCUUGAAAGGUGUUAACUCUUCUCUUGACCAGCGGUGGCAGCAGUAGUAAAAGGAAACUAAAAUAAAACUUUCAGCAAUUCACGUUUUAUUUUGAUAACAUUAUUUAUAAACACUUAAAAACAUAAAAACAGUUUAAUUACUUUUUAUGUCAACUUUUCAAGUGAAACAUUGCUUUAGAAUUAUGCAGACAAAGUUUGCACGGAGUCCAUAUCAGUGGUGGAUUUUAUUUAGUUUCACACUGAUGACAGCUGCUCAGAAAUAAUUUACAAAGCACAAAUUGUGAUCUUUCUAGAGAGGAUUUAUUUCCUUGUUUCUUUUAUUUAUUUUUUGUGUUCAUGUGUAAAUAUAUGAAAAACAGAAGAUAUAGUAGAAGCCUUUCCAACGUUGGAAAUUGAAAUUAAAAAAAAGGAUGCAACUGACCUCUGUAGAGCCCAGAUAAAUCUGUUUUUAAGGUGAAAUAUGACGGCCUGAGUGUUUACUGUUUAACAUGUGUAACUCACUGUGCCAAGUUUAAGUUGGAUCUGUUUUAUUGCUAUCCGAUUUUCCUCAUCAUCCAUGUUCACACUCCAUAUAUAGUGCCUCACUUUUCUUUUUUUAGGUCAAAAUCUCAACUCUUCCUAAAGUUAUUUUACAUUUCUGUCAAUAAAAUUCAGAAGUCAGCUGA